AUGAAAACAGUCCUCAUCUUACUUGUUCUUCUUGUUCUCUCAAGGAUUGAAUCAAAUGAAGCCACAAGAAAUCUUGAUACUCAUCUUCUAUUGCCAUCUUUGCAUACCCGUCCUCCAGUUAAGACUCCAGCACCCGAUCCAGGAACCGAGGCCAAUGUGAAUAUGGCAAGCAAGUUUAAUGAAAGGAAUUACUUUGUUGGUCGUAAAGAAGUUGUUGUUUCUCCCCCUCCUCCUACCAAUGCAAAUCCUCUGGAUAAAACACAUAUUUUAUUACCACUUUUGCAAACCCGUGCUCCAGUUAAGACUCCAUCACCCAAUCCAGGAAGCGAGACUAGUGUCAAUAUGGCAAGCACGGUUACUGAAAGAAACUUUCUUGGUCGUAAAGAAGUUGUUUUUGCUCCCCCUCCUCCUACUAAUGCAUAUCCUCUUGAUAAAACACAUUUUCUAUUACCAUCUUUGCAAACCCGUCCUCCAGUUAAGACUCCAUCACCCAAUCCAGGAAGCGAGACCAGUGUGAAUAUGGCAAGCACGUUUACUGAAAGAAACUUUGUUGGUCAUAAAGAAGUUGUUUUUGCUCCCCCUCCUCCUACUAAUGCAUAUCCUCUUGAUAAAACACAUUUUCUAUUACCAUCUUUCCAAACCCGUCCUCCAGUUAAGACUCCAUCACCCAAUCCAGGAAGCGAGACCAGUGUGAAUAUGGCAAGCACGGUUAGUGAAAGAAACUUUGUUGGUCAUAAAGAAGUUGUUUUUGCUCCCCCUCCUCCUACUAAUGCAUAUCCUCUUGAUGAAACACAUUUUCUAUUACCAUCUUUGCAAACCCGUCCUCCAGUUAAGACUCCAUCACCCAAUCCAGGAAGCGAGACCAGUGUGAAUAUGGCAAGCACGGUUAGUGAAAGAAACUUUGUUGGUCAUAAAGAAGUUGUUUUUGCUCCCCCUCCUCCUACUAAUGCAUAUCCUCUUGAUAAAACACAUUUUCUAUUACCAUCUUUGCAAACCCGUCCUCCAGUUAAGACUCCAUCACCCAAUCCAGGAAGCGAGACCAGUGUGAAUAUGGCAAGCACAGUUACUGAAAGAAACUUUGUUGGUCGUAAAGAAGUUGUUUUUGCUCCCCCUCCUCCUACUAAUGCAUAUCCUCUUGAUAAAACACAUCUUCUAUUACCAUCUUUGCAAACCCGUCCUCCAGUUAAGACUCCAUCACCCAAUCCAGGAAGCGAGACCAGUGUGAAUAUGGCAAGCACAGUUACUGAAAGAAACUUUGUUGGUCGUAAAUAA